CUGAGUGCUGCCAGUGAUCAUCAAAGAAUCUUCCACACCUUGUUGUAUCAUUAGGAUAUUAAAGGUAUUCCUGAAGGUAUUUAACAGUUUUCUGCCCUCUAGUUGAAGACGUUUCCUCUCUGCCAAAAACAGGCAAGAAAUCAACACAAACUGAAAGUUCCUCACAGGAGCUUUAAUCUGUGUCAGUAUUACAGCAAGAACAAGGAAAGAUGACUGUAACACAGCAGUUGAAAAAAAUAUCUGUUGAGGUUUUUGGCUGCUUGAAGAUGAAGGAAUACAAGACUGAAUGCAUAGCUAAUGAAUGUUUGAAUAUGAAGGUCCUGUUUGUACUUCUCCUGAGUGCUUUGAGGGCUGACAGUCAGUCCUUCCACCAAGGCAACUGCCCCAAACCGCCUGUUCAAGAGGACUUCAACGUCACAAAGUACAUGGGCACCUGGUAUGAAAUAGAGAAGCUCCCAGCCUUGUUUGAAAGAGGCAAAUGUAACCAAGCUACAUACAGUCUACUUGAUGAUGGGACAGUGAAGGUUCGCAAUGCAGAGCUGCUGGCUAAUGGAAAGAUAAGUACAAUCGAAGGUGUGGCCACAGUAAAAAAUUCAUCUCAUCCUGCGAUCCUGGAUGUCGGCUUCUUUAAAGGUGUCCCAGAUGCUCCAUACUUGGUUCUCUCCACAGACUACCACACAUAUGCUCUGGUGUACUCUUGCGCUGACUACUAUGGUUUCUUUCACAUCGACUUCGCCUGGAUCCUGGCUCGCACUCGGGUGCUGCCUGAAGAUGUUGUCAGUCAGUCGCACGAUAAGCUGGCUGCUGCUGGUGUGAACAUAAAGCGCCUUACAGUCAGCAACCAAACAGGAUGUGACAUCAUGACCUGAGGCAUGAGGAGGAACAAAAUGAGAAGAUACUGAACACGUGAUUUAAACUGUUGUGGAAACUCAAAACGCUGUGAUGUGACAAAAUGAUUUUUAUAUUUAGUGAGAUAUAUAUUAUUAUUUCAGCGUCUAAACAUCAGAUCUAGUGUUUUGAGGUCUUAACAUUAAAAUCAACGUAAACCAGGAUGAUCACAUGACUUUAUCAGCACCCGAACAAUGGAAGGAAUCCACAGAGCUGUAAAAUACUAAAUCUGUUUCUGUAUGUGAUAAAGAAGCAUUUUUGUCUC